AGGUCAUGUCAACGCUGCAUCGGUGUGCAUUGCAAGCAAUUUAUUGCAAUUUUCUCUAUAAAUACUUUCAAUUUUAGCAUUCCAAAUGGAGGUCCUAGUCGCUAACGUAGAUCAUAUCAAAUUCGACAUAGAUUUUGCAUUAGACGAGCAAUAUGGAGCUUUACCGUUGCCGUUUCCCGGAAUGGAUAAGUCCACGGCAGCAGUAUGCGAAUUUUACAGUCAACCCAAUGGAUGUACAAAUGGACCUCAGUGUCCUUACAGACACGUCCGCGGCGACCGCACGGUGGUUUGCAAGCAUUGGCUGCGCGGUCUGUGCAAGAAGGGAGACCAGUGCGAGUUCCUUCACGAGUAUGACAUGUCCAAAAUGCCGGAGUGCUACUUCUACGCCCGCUUUAAUGCCUGUCACAAUAAGGAGUGCCCAUUUCUUCAUAUAGACCCGGAGAGCAAGAUCAAAGACUGUCCCUGGUACGACCGCGGCUUCUGCCGGCACGGGCCUCACUGCCGCCACCGCCACGUCCGGCGCGUGCUCUGCACCAACUACCUAGCUGGUCUGUGCCCCGAAGGGCCCUCCUGCAAGUACAUGCACCCGCGCUUCGAGUUACCUGCGCCGCCCGAACAAACUAAGGAUGCCAAGCGGUUGCCUGUCUGUCAUUAUUGUUCUGAAGUUGGACAUAAGGCGUCGUCGUGUAAUAAGAUACCGCCAGAGCAACGCGAAGCAGCCCAGCGCCAAGAAGAGGCCCGGUACCGAGCGCUCGGCUACAUCAAGCCAGCCAACGAGAACGAGAACGCCGAGAGCCCCCGCAUACAGCGCAUGAUGCACAAGCCUCUAGAAGAAGUCACCUGUUUCAAGUGCGGCACGAAAGGGCAUUAUGCCAACCGGUGCCCGAAGGGGCAUCUCGCUUUCCUGUCGAGUCAGAAUCAAAAUCAGCAGAACCAAAACCAGUGGCUUAGAGACAAACAGCAGCAGCAGCAGCAACAGCAGCAGCAGUGAUAGUGUUAAGUUUUAGUUUUGAUUAAGUGACAGAGAGUAAGGUUAAGUUGGUCUUCACAUUAAAUGCGGAUCAGGACUAUUACCGCGAAAAUCGAAGUUUUCAAAUUGCGGGCAUCUUUUUCUAUCACUCUUAUUACGCCUUCAUUGGAGUAAAAGAGAAGAUACCCGCAAUAUGCGAAUUUCGGUUUUCGCGGUAAGCCCCCUGCACGCCGCCACAGAAUAAAUAAUAGUACUACCAUACAGAAAGGGCACUUCCUACAGAACCGAAGCUUGACAGCGAUUCAGGAACGAAUCAUGCUUUCCCUUUCUAAUGUAUGGCACUAUCCCUUU